AUGGAGUGCAACACCAACCACCUGAUGCUUUGCAAUCUCAGUUGUGAGAUCGAAGUCUCCCUCGAAAUCAAUAACCUCGGAUGGAGAGAACGGAAGAAGGGUUGGAUAUCUGAGGGAGAGAUUGCAGUGAAGGAGAAGAGGAAGUCAUGCUGUGUGUCUGUGAAAGUCGCUAAACUCUGUGAAUGUGAAACAGAGAGAAGAAAAGGAGGGAGCAGAAGCGGGUCAAAGAGAGCUGCUGUGUGUUUCGGAAGGAGAACCAGAUGCCGUUUAUCCACGUCUUUGACAUUUUCUAGGAAGAAGGAAGCUGAGUUUGCUUCCUUGAGACAAUUUACUCCACUUUCUGCUAUGACAGAGAAAAAGAAUAUUGCUAUGUUUACAUAG